AUGUGUUCAAAACAAAACAAAUUGAAAAAUUUGCAUGAACCAGUAACUAAAGUAAGAUCAAAAGAGUAUGAUUUAGAUCGUUGUAAGAAGAACGGUGAACACAAUAUAGUUAUCAAAUAUAUUAACGGCGUCCCUUCCACUGCUCAGGCAAAUAAGAAUUUUUCUUUUAAACAAACUGCUCAUCGUCAUGCCGUCCCUCCUAAAACCUAAUUUGCCUGGAUGAUAAACUAAAUAUCUGUAGUGACGACGGAUCAUCAGUAUACCUCAAUGAUCCUCGAUGGUCUCGUGUUAUUAACUAUACAUAUAAGCUUAGUUGGAUAGCUUAAUUAAACUUGAAUUUAAAGACAUUUUAAAUUUGUAUGCAGACAUAUUAAAUGAUUGUUCUGAUUCUGUUUUAAGUCACCAAAUGAGUUUUGAAGAAUUAUACUUAUGGUAUCAAAAUUGUGAUUAUCAGGAAUCAGUCAAACAUAAUAAAAGAUCUGUAAUAGAUAAGUACUUUCCAUGUGAUUUUCAGAUGUACCCAGUUAUCUCAAAAUUGUUACAAAUUUUAAUAACAUUGCCAGUAACAACUACUACAGGAGAAAGACUGUGUCGCUACAAAUUUAAGAAACGUCAUAAGACAGCAGAGACUUAA